CAUUCACAUUUGCAAAAUUAAUGUUGUCUAUUGUCAUGGUGUAUAAUUUAUUAUAUUCUUUGUAGAAACAAACGCACAGUUUUAUAUAGUUUGUUUAAGACUUUGGUUAAGGACUUCACUUCAGGCGAUAUUUUUUAAAUAAAUCUCCCUAAAUGUAUGCACAGGCCAGUAUGGCAAUAUUUUUUUGACUGACAUUCAAAUCGCUGCAGAUAGCAAAAUACGUUAUUUAUUUGAAACGAUAUUCACUGCGGAGUUGUUAAAACAUCGUAUGAAAUAAUAAUUUAUGUAAAAUUAUAUCAAUCAACUACGGUUACUGUAUGUUCAUAUAGUGUAAACUUAUGAAAUGUUCGCGUGACAAAAGGACAUCUUAAAAGCUUCUCACUGUGCUUGCAUUGUUACUAAGAUGGAGAACAAGAAACCCGCAAGUGAUAAUUUCAAAGUACCAACGUUGCCCGUAGGCCGCCCCCUACAGUCGAGCACCAAAGCGAACAUCGCAGACACGAAAGAAUCCACUCCAGCGAGCCUGAAGAAUGCACACGAGAAGAAAAGUUCAUGGGCAUUGACAGACUUCGACCUCGGGCGGGCGCUGGGAAAAGGUAAAUUUGGAAAUGUGUAUCUGGCGCGCGAGAAGGAGUCUCGGUACGUGGUGGCGCUGAAGGUGCUGUUCAAGAGCCAGAUCCUGGACGCGGACAUCGAGCACCAGGUGCGGCGCGAGGUGGAAAUCCAGUGCCGGCUGCGGCACCCCAACAUCCUGCGCAUGUACGGCUACUUCCACGACGAGAAGCGUAUCUACCUCAUCCUGGAGUACGCCAAGCAUGGCGCGCUCUACAUGCUGCUCAAGCAGCGCGGCCGCUUCGACGAGAAAACUGCUGCCAUCUACAUCCGCGACCUCACCAAGGCCCUCGUCUACUGCCACGCCAAGAAAGUCAUACACCGCGACAUCAAACCUGAGAAUAUACUUAUAGGACACAAUGGGGAGCUCAAAAUAGCUGACUUUGGCUGGUCCGUGCACUCCCCGUCCUCGAGAAGAAUGACACUCUGUGGAACCUUGGACUACUUAUCACCAGAGAUGAUUGAAGGAAAGCCCCACAGCUACGCUGUUGACAUUUGGAGUCUAGGUGUGUUAUGCUAUGAGUUACUUGUAGGAUUACCUCCAUUUGAUGCUAAGCACUCAAACCAGACUUGUUUAAAAAUUAGGUAUUUAAUAAUUAAGUAUCCGGAGUAUGUGUCUGAGAAGGCAAAGGAUCUCAUGGGCAAGCUGCUUGUGGCAAACCCGGAUAAUCGACUGCCUCUCACCAGUGUGUUGCAGCAUCCCUGGAUUGUAGAGAAUGCCCCGCCGGGGGCGCUGCCUCCUGCCUUCAACCCUGACCCUAAUGUGAAAGAGAUUAAACAAUAAAUAUGUUGCAGAUGCAGGCUAAUGUUCAUGAUUAGUUCAAUUAUGACAAUAACAUCACAACAAAAUGCCACAAGUCUCUAAUUUAUUGAUUUGAAAAUAAAAUCAUCUUAAUGAUAAUUAAAAUUCAAUAAAUGAUCCCUCAUUGCUGAGGCUGGUAACUGUUUUUUUACUAUGGAAAUAAUAAAUAAAAAUUAAAUUUAUCUGUUUAUCUGCGAGGUAUUCUAAUUGCACUCAGUUUUUUGAGAUAUAGGACGAGACCGAAUACAAGCAUAUUUGAGACAUUCUUCUGGUUGAGGAGUAGCAAAUAUUUGCAUUCUGAUUAUUCUAUUGUGUAUUUAUUUCUAGCUGCAGUCUUAAUAAGAAUGCACCUUUAGCAUAUUUUUCAUUAAAAUAUAGGGCUAUCUGUAAAAUAAUGAUGCCAUUUUAGUAGGAAUAUUGUUUGUAGUAGCAUGUGUAUUUUAAUUUUAUGAAAUGUAAUUAGAUAGUGAUUUAUCAGUAUGAUUAUGGUAUCUAUUUUGUAUGGGGGUUUGGGAAAUAAUUGUAGUCAAUGUUGUCAUCCCUGCAUUUAUUAUGACUAGACAUUUGGAGUCAAGUUUAUUUGGUAUGUUCAUUCUAAAGACUAAUUAUGACUGAACUAGAUUUAAAGAAAUGUUAACUUAAAUCAUGAUCUUAUUAAAUAGUUUAAAUACAUAAUUAUAAAACCAA